AUGUCGCUUUCCGAGACUCGAUGCCAGCUUCCACCUCGCACUGUGGGCAUCGGCAGCUCUAUCUGGGAUGAACUCACCAACCUGCCGCGACCGAAAGAACUCCACCCAUUCCGCGAAGUCAAGGGCGCCAAACACUCCGCCGUCUCCACCCCGAGACCUCCUCUUCCACAUCCGCUCCGGAGCGCCGCGAUCUCUGCUUUGAGUUUGGGCGCCAGGCUCAUGGACCGCCUCGGCGACUCCAUCUUCCCAUCCUCUGUCCUCGUCGCCAGCGAGGACGACCCAGAUGCGCAGGGGGGCAGCUACGUCGUCGUACAGAAAUAUGUCCACGACCUGGCCGGCUGGAAAUCCCUAUCGACCGAACAGCAAGAGCAGGUGAUUGGGCGGACAAAGCCAGAUAACAUUGAGCUCGAUGACGCCGAGGAGGGGAAGCAAGCCUCGCACAAGACGCUAAGCACGAUUGAGGACGAAGAUGGCCAAGAAGAGCACGAUAUCCUCCGCGACAAUAUGCCCUUUGGAUCGCCGGCGAGUGGGGAGUUUGGUACUUACUUCAUUGGGUACACCAGCCGUUUUCUUGCGCCGUCUGCUACGGUAUUGGAUGGACUUGAUGGUUGA